AUGGAGAACCUAUUCAUCUACCCUUUCGCCUUCCUUUACCAAUUGAUUCAAUGGUUCCUGAGCAAGGUUUUCUCUCCUGCACCGCCAGAACCAGGAGAAAGACUUGAUAGACCUAAGAUUGCGAUUAUUGGGGCGGGCUUAACCGGCGUUUCGGCAGCCUCGCACUGUGUUGGCCAUGGAUUUGAUGUCCAAAUCUUCGAGGCCGGACCCCGAGAGCAGCUUGGUGGAAUUUGGAGUAGAGUUAAUAACACAUCCGGACUGCAAAUACACUCCAUGAUGUACCGCUUCCAUCCCUCCGUCCAAUGGUCAGGAGGUUAUCCAAACAAACAACAAAUCGUAUCGCAGAUAACCGAGCUAUGGAAGCGAUAUGGCCUAGAAAAAAAGACCAAAUUCAAUACUCCUGUCGAGAAAGUGUAUCAAGACGACAAAGGUCGCUGGAUCAUCAACAGCCCUUCUGAAGGACGCUUCGAGGGCAUCAUCGCCGCAGUAGGAACUUGUGGCGAUCCCAAAAUGCCGCAUUUUCCUGGCGUGGAGAAGUUCAAGGGAGAAAUAUGCCAUUCUUCUCAGUUAACGGGGAAGCAUGCUAAGGGAAAAUCAAUUGCCAUCAUUGGUGGAGGAGCAAGUGCUGUGGAAGCAUUGGAGUUUGCAGCUGAGGAGGAGGCUAGUAAGAUUUAUAUUCUUGCGAGGUCUGACAAGUGGAUCAUCCCGCGGAACGCCCUUAUUGAUAUGCUUCUCUCAUUUAACAUUCUCGGACAAGAGACGAUGUUCUCCUGGAUUCCUGAGCUUCUGUUGAAGAAGUUCUUCUACCGCGACCUUGAAGAUCUUGCGCCUACAGAUAAAGGCCUCUUCACUGGUACCCCAAUGGUCAAUUCUGAUGUGAUGGAUAAGAUUAGAUCCGGAAAGGCUGAUUGGCUGCGAGGGGACAUCAAAGGCUUCACGGAAGAAGGGAUACGGUUCAACACUAGAGCUAAAGGUGUUCCUACUGGUGGACCAGGACGAGAACGUCUCAUUAAGGCCGAUAUGGUAGUUUUGGCUACGGGAUUUGACCGCCCAACUCUUGACUUCCUCCCUGAAGACAAUUUCGAGGAUCCUUAUAGUGCGCCAAACUGGUAUCUGCAGACCUUCCCUCCAAAACAUCCAAGCAUAUGCUGCAAUAACUGCACAUAUGUCAACGCUAUCGGCACCGUCGGCAACUGGCAUAUUGGAAUUUACACCCGUAUCCUCCUAAUGUUCCUUUCCGACCCACUUGCUCGCCCCAGCCCCUUCUGGAUGGAACGCUGGAUCGACAUGACGAAAUUUCUAAAGAGAUUUGCCCCAACUGGCGCCUUUGAUUUCUUCACAUAUGUGGAGUUGGUCUGGUGGUUUACCUUCUGCGUCGCUUUUAACCCGUUUAGGUGGAAGUGGGCGUUGUUCGUGUUUUUUGGCAUUGGUCAUGGGCUGCCCAGGCGCGUGGUGGAUGCUGAGGAUAAGUUGAGGGAAAAAGCUGGGUAUAAAAAUGGGAAUAAUUAUGAUGUUGGACAGAGCAUUUAA